CUGAGUGCCGUCCUGGCCGGCGUGAUGCGUGCCGAGGAGGAGGGGCGGAGGCCUGAGCCGAGCCCCUGAGCUUUAGCAGGCCCGGGCGGGAGGCAGGCUGAUGGGCUAGGGGAGAGGCGGCGCGCGAGACGGGGCGACGGUGGGGACCAGCCCGGGCGGGGACCGGGACUGGGAGGUCCCCGAACAGCCGGCUGGCCCGGCUGGAGGGACGAGGUCAAGGUUGCGGUUCCACCGGUGAGCUCCGAGCGGGCCACCCCACCCUGCGCGGAAGAGGAUAGGCGGAAGUGUCCGGAAGCGCGGAGCUAGCCGCAGGCGUUGGUCUCGGAAAACGGAAGAGUCGGAGGGGGGGAAAAGGAGGUUGGUGUAAGGAGCUGACAGGGCCGAGGGGUCCGAAGGAAGGUCGGCGGAAGUGAGACAGGAGUGAAGUGUGGCGGGGGAGCAGAAGGGCGUGGAAGCGGAUAAAGGAUCGAAGGGAAGCGGUGCAAGUGGCCGGGGCCCUGGGCCCGAAGAGUGCCGGAGGUGGCCGGAAGGCAGCGGAGCGGAGCUCAAGCUUGAGGGUGUUUGGAAAUUGGAAGAGUUGGUGGCAAAGGAAAGUCAGGGCCCGGAGUCGGCCUCGGAGAGUGGGCGACGUGUUCGGGAUGUGGGAUCGGAGGCUGGUCAGAUUGGCCCUGCUGCAGCAGCUUCGGGCUGUCUAUGGCAUUAAGGUCAAGGGUGGCCGCGGGCAUUGUGAUCGCAGGAGAAAUGAAACCGCAGCUACGGAAAUAAGGGGUAAGAUAUUUGGAGUUCCUUUAAAUUCAUUGCCUCAUUCAGUUGUUCCAGAAUAUGGACACAUUCCAAGCUUUCUUGUUGAUGCAUGCACGUCUUUAGAAGAGCAUAUUCAUACAGAAGGGCUUUUUAGGAAGUCAGGAUCUGUUAUUCGUCUAAAGGCACUAAAGAGUAAGCUGGACAAUGGCGAGGCCUGCCUGUCUUCUGCACUUCCGUGUGAUGUUGCAGGCGUGCUUAAGCAGUUCUUCCGGGAAUUGCCAGAACCUGUCCUCCCAGCUGAUCUGCAUGAAGCACUUUUCAAAGCGCAACAGUUAGAAGCAGAGGAGAAGAAUAAAGCUACAUUGUUGCUGUCAUGUCUUAUGGCAGAUCCUACAGUUGAUAUAUUAAGAUACUUCUUUAACUUUCUCAAAAAUGUUUCUCUUAGGGCGAGUGAGAAUAAAAUGGAUAGCAGCAAUCUUGCAGUUAUAUUUGCACCGAAUCUUCUUCAGACAAGUGAAGGCCAUGAGAAGAUGUCUGCCAACACCGAGAAAAAGCUACGAUUGCAGGCAGCAGUCGUGCACACUCUUAUUGACUGCGCGUCAGACAUUGGACGUGUGCCAGAUUUUAUCCUGGACAAGAUACCAGUCAUGUUAGGUAUUGAUGGACUCUGUACUACACCAUCCCUAGAAGGCUUUGAAGGAGAUCAUGAAACUCCUGGUGAAUGUAAGAGAAAAAGAAGACAAAGUGUUGGAGACUUUGUUAAUGGAGCCCUAAAUAAACUUAAAUCUAGCAGAACACCCUCUAUUACACCUCAACAAGAUAGAACCGCCCAGGCCUCUGUGUCACCAUUGAUUCUCACACCAAGUGUUAAGCGUAAACUACCAGGAGAAUCUUCUCAGGCCUUCUCAAGUAAGAAAAGGAAGUCCAUCAAAAACAACUUGAACUUUGAACUGCUGCCAAGUCAUCUCUUCAGCAGCAAUUCUACACCAGUAUCAGUUCACCUUGAUACAAGCCCAGAAGGGUCAUCUCAGAGUUCGCUCUCACCUAUCGCCUUGAGUGGAAACCACUUGAUCAAUACAGACCUGAGGCGAAGUAAAAGGAUUGCAAGCAAAAAAGUUUACAGGGUAGAAUCAGGAAGAGCAGGCUGCUUCUCUCCUAAAGUCAGUCGUAAAGAAAAGGUUCGGAGAUCACUUCGUCUGAAAUUUAGCCUGGGGAAAAACAGAGAUUCGAAUGGAUGUUCUGUCAUCAAUAGAUAUGAAAAUGUUGGUCGACGACUAGCGAAUCAACACAAUCUAAAAAAUAGGAUUGAAUCUGUAAAAACAGGCCUGCUUUUUAGCCCAGAUAUUGAUGAAAGAUUGCUAAAGAAAGGCACAGAAAAGAUCAGCAAAUCUGAGGAACACUUACUAACUCCAGAUCAGCUAGAUGGAGUGGAUUACCGGAUGUCUUGGACAGAACCCAGCAAUUCAAGUUUUCACGACAUGGGUGCAAAUGGAACUUCUCCAAUAAUAAUAAGUCCUGAGGUGAAAAAUUUCUCGUUGGAGCCCGAUAUUACUGUUGAAAAAUUACCACUUAUGUUAUGUGAGCUCAGGCCUUCCACCUUCCACAGUCAGCCUGAUAGCAGUCUGCUGGGUUGUUCUCUUAGCGGGGAUGAGGGUAACCUGACCUCCAAAACCUUGCAGAAGAUUCAGAAAGCGUUUUCCGAAUCUGGGAGUGAUCUUACUACAGUGAUAAAUAGUGGGCAGUCAUCAGGAACAAACAUGGGGGAAGAAAGUGAAUCCAGUGAAGUGACUGUGAGAAGAUCAAAGGGAAAUGAUGAGAGCUGCACGGGUGAAAACGAGGACUGUGUUUCAGAAAGUAAUUUCUCAUCAUUCCAAAGCCCAGAAUUUGAUAGAGAAGCCAGCGUGGGAAGUUAUUCAGCUCAACUGAAGGUGGAACGUGAAGACAUGCACUCAGAAGCACCAAAAGCUGACUUAAUCCAGCAAGAAUUUCCCGGUGAAGAGCAAACAGAGGAACCACAGUCCCCAAGGGGCCAGUUGAGCCCUCCGUCAUGGAGGGAUGAGAGCGUGGUGGAAGGGGACUCAGGGGCAUGUAAAGGUGCUGGGGAAGGUGAGGCUCAGUCUGUAGUGCAGAGUACAUGCAGUGUGAUAGUCCUUUCCAAACCUCGGCCCCAGAGACUUGCUAGGCAACGGUCACUGGUGGAAAAACGCGAGGAUGCAGUUCCUGGAGGUUCACAAGUGACAGAGCUUGGGAAGGUCUCUGAUCACAUACAGUGGUUUAAUAAACUUUCUCUAAAUGAACCAAACAGAGCAAAAGUGAAAUCACCUCUUAAAUUCCAGCGUACCCCUGUCCGUCAGUCUGUCAGAAGAAUUAAUUCUUUGUUGGAGCAUGGCAGGCAGCCUGUGAGGCAGAGAUUGGCAAUCCUUAGUGACGCAGCUUCUCCUCUGGUUAAAUCAGUGAGCUGUGACAGUGCUCUUCCCUCUUGUGUAGAAGGCACAUCAAAACAUCCCUCUAUUUCAUGUAGUAAGUCGGGUCCUGAACCACAGAAGGCUUCGUGUGAUAAGUACAGUGAUGCACUCUCAAAAUCAGGUGUUGAUGUAACUUCUAAAGUGUUCACAAAAAUGAAGAGACAUCCAGAUCUUAUGCAUGAUUCUCGUGGAACUACUAGACUUUGUAAACUGGAGAGCAAAUCUGACGGCCAAAUGAAGUUUCCCUUGGAUGAUCUCACUAAUCACGAUAGAUUAAAAGUUGUUGUAAACAACAACAAUGUCUGUGCCCCUGGGAUAAAAGACAGAGUUCUUAGGAAACCAUCAGAAAAAGAAAGGGCCUGGUACAAAGGUUCUCCCAAAAAUCCUAUUGGGAAGACUCAACUGCUACCAACGAGUAAGCCUGUAGACUUGUAACUGUCAAACGUGGUGCUUGUCAUCAGUGUAAAUAAAAUUAGCAACUGCUGGGGUGGUCAGCCACAUAGUGGUGUGUUAGUGUGGAGGUCAGGGUGCUUGUCAAAUAGUUUUCUUCUGAAGCAGUCUCACUCACUGCUGGAGCAAUUUGGAUUUUCAUGCUUGCACAUAAGGCUUCUUUGCUCUUCUUUAUUACUGAAGCGUUUAAACUUAACUUUAUUGUGAUUUCUUCAAGCAAAGGUUAUAAUUAACUUUUUAAAGAAAUUUGUUGCCUAGAUCUAUUUAUUUUAAAAAGGGACAUGAUUUUUAUUUUGCAUGAAUGAUAGGAAGAAUACAGGAAGUUGUGCUUGUCUCUUGUUAUUCCUCCAAGUCAGAAACAUGAUCCAUUACAGAAUUCUAAUACAUAAAAAGAUUGGGUAAGUCCUGCAGAUCUUGAAUUAUGUUCAUGUUUAUUGUCUUAUUAACUUGGAAGUUAAUUUGCCUCAGUGGUAUGCUAAUACUUCCUCCUGUUGGGACUGAAGAAUUUGUUAGUGUCUUCUAUGGUUUCACUUGAAUUUUGAGUUAAAGACAGUGCUUAAAGCAGAAUGAUGACUAAGGCACAUUCAUAUAUUAUGAUGUUGAAGUAAUUGAUUAAUUUUAAGCCCUACUUCAUUUUUAAAAGUAAUUACCUUUAAAAUAUAUUUUGAUCUAUUUUGUCCAAUAUGAUAAUGAAAUUUUUAAGGAGGAAUAAUUUAACUUGAAAAUUUUAAUCAAGGUUUUCUUUUUCUGUGAAGAUGGUUGAUUUUAGAAUUUGAGUUGUUAAUGUAUCUCUGUACAUUUUACUUAGGUAAAUAUCUGAUAGUCUUAUCCUGUGCUUAAAUGUUAUUUAUUUA